UCAGGGAGUAGGGAGCAAUGAACACUGUAUAGCUAGAGACCAUGUCAAUGGGAACACAAUUCGUGCACGGAGCUCACUUCUAAUGAGCUGAUUAUCUAAAUCAGGUGUGUUAACAAAGAGAGACAUACACGAUGUGUAGAGCAGGGUGUCGCGAGGACUGGAAUUGAGAGCAGCUGAUGGACACAAACAGAACCCACUGGAUGUUGCGCAUGCGCGACUGAACGAAUCACUCCACGAGACGACUCGUUCGUCCCGAGUCACGUUAAAGAUUCGUUCAAAAUGAACGAAUCGUUCAAGAAUGACCCAUCACUAGCGUCGAGUAUAAAUCAACCUUCAGAGAGAAGCACGCGAAUGGUUUUCAAACUUAAAUGAAUCGUUAACGUUUGAAAAUGAAGAAGCCUUCUCGAAAGCUGACUUUAGCUCUCGCAGCGUUGUUUUGGAUAGCCGCUUUACUCUGUUUCAUAUUGCUGAAUAGCCGGAAAAUACUACCUGACCAAAGAAACGAGCAACCGCAAGUAAAAGAGAUCUCAGAUGCUGAGUGGGAUGACCUGCUGGAAGAGUUUGAAGAGAAAAGCUACCUCAAUGCUCACAGAUGGAAGCCAGGCCAGGAUCCCUACAGUCUGUAUUCCUUCAAUCAAAGAGAGAGCGAGAGAAUCCCCAGCAACAGAGCACUUCGAGACACCCGAAAUAUCAGGUGUACAACACUGCACUAUGACCCCGACCUGCCAUCCACUACCAUAGUGAUCACGCUUCACAAUGAGGCACGAUCUACCCUGUUGCGCACAGUUCAGAGUGUGUUGAAUCGGACUCCUUUGCAUCUGAUUCACGAGAUCAUACUGGUAGACGAUUUCAGCGAAGAUCCAAAUGACUGCCUUCUUCUCACCAAGUUGCCCAAAGUAAAGUGUCUUCGUAAUAAACGCAGAGAAGGACUGAUACGGUCCAGGGUUCGAGGGGCUGACGCUGCAGGAGCCGGGAUCCUGACUUUUUUGGACAGUCACUGUGAGGUCAACAAAGAUUGGCUGCCUCCACUGCUGCAGAGGGUCAAAGAGGACCCGACCUGUGUCGCCAGCCCUGUGAUUGACAUCAUUAGUAUGGACACGUUUGCCUAUAUCGCUGCUUCCUCAGAGCUGCAAGGAGGCUUCGACUGGAGUUUACGUUUUAAAUGGGAGAAACUAUCAGCUGAAAAGCGAGCCAAGAGAGCUGAUCUUACAGAGCCUAUUAAAACGCCCAUCAUUGCGGGAGGACUUUUUGUGAUUGACAGAUCCUGGUUCAGUCACUUGGGAAAAUAUGACACAGCAAUGGACAUCUGGGGAGGGGAAAACUUUGAGAUUUCUUUUAGAGUAUGGAUGUGUGGAGGAAGCCUAGAAAUCAUUCCAUGUAGCAGGGUUGGCCAUGUAUUCCGCAAGAAACAUCCUUACAUCUUUCCAGAGGGCAAUGCCAUCACCUACAUAAAAAACACCAGAAGGACUGCUGAGGUUUGGAUGGAUGAGUUCAAACUGUUCUAUUACUCCGCUCGACCGGCUGCUAGGGGAAAAUCCUACGGAGACAUUCACGGUAGGCAGGAGCUUCGCAAGAGUCUCAAGUGCAAAUCCUUCAAGUGGUAUCUGGACAAUGUCUAUCCAGAGCUCAAAGUUCCUGAUGAUUCAGAUGCUAAGUCUGGUGUGAUCCGACAGAGACAGAACUGUCUAGAGUCUCGUAUAGUUGAGGGUCAGGAUCUCCCAGUGCUUACACUUGCACCCUGCAGCAUCACCAAAGACGUACCAGCAGCCAACCAGGAGUGGAUCUACACCCAUGGACAGCAAAUCCACAAUCAGCAACACUGUCUGUCCGUCUCCACCACCUUCCCUGCCUCCCAGAUACUGCUCGAGCCAUGCAACAUCACAGACAGCAAGCAGCAUUGGCAGAAAUCUGGCACUCACCUGGAGCACCUGCCAUCUCGUUUCUGCAUAGACAGCGAGAUGGCUCUGGAUGGCAAUGAGAGCAGUAAAAUGCUGGUGAUCAGCCCAUGUGAACAGUCAGCACACACACAGAGAUGGGAGGUGCCUUUCUCGUGAUCCUUCCUCCUUGGCCUCUCCUCACCUUUCAGAGCAUAGCUGGAGUCAAAGAUGGAUAGAGAGGCAGAGAGAGUGAGUGGGUACCUCCAGGAGGGGCUACAUCUGUGUCCUGCUGUUCUGCUAUGUCCACUCCCUUUGUCUCUUUGGCACACCCCAGGUUCCCCAGAGUGUCAAUCGUACUGAUGUUUUCCAGAACAGAGUUUGGCAGCUGGAUGCACACAAACGUGUGGGACACACACCAAGUGUGAUGCACACUCACACCGGAGAACAGCACACAACCUUUUUAUUGGUUUUUGUUUGAGUUUACCAGAAUAUGAAGCACUUGUGAGAUACAUCUGCUAGCACAUCAGCAUAAAAUAAAUACCUUAUUUUUUCUUAA